AGGGCUGAGGAUCGACAUGCUAAGCUCUUCUUACCUCAUAGGAGCAGCACGUCAGAGUUGAAAAAACGUCAAGCGGAGGACUUUUUAUCUUCCGAUAAAGUGAAGCUAGCUAAAGCUUACUCUGGUGUUCCAUCCCCUGUCCAGUCGAUCAUGGGAGCAUAUCCAAAUACACAGAACCAAUGGCCAGCUGGUUACAGUGUGCAGCCUCAAGCUUGGCCACCAGCUACGCAAGCUACACAGGGACAACAGUGGCCAGCUGGUUAUACCCAACAGCCGUACAAUGCAUAUAGUGGUUAUGGAGCUGGCUACACUAAUCCCCAAGCGCCCGCGGUGGCGCCACAAACUGCUGCUUAUGGUGCUUAUCCUUCUACAUAUCCUCCUCAGGCCGUCCCGCCUCAAAGUUACGCACAUCCAACCGUGGCAGCGGUAGCACCAGCAGCAGCAGUAGCACCGGCUCCGCAACCCGCAUCAGCUCCUCAGGCGUAUUAUGGGAGUUACUACUGAUGUGGCUGGAGUAGCCUGCAUAGUUGGCCUACGUAGUUUAAUUUUCUCCUUUUGGAAACCUGACUGAUACUGAGUUAUGUUUUUCGGAAACAUCGGUUCGUACUUUGUAGCGGACAGAUUUUUGGGUGAGACAGAGAUAGUGAUCAGUUUAAUCGUUCCUGGAAAUUGUAUUCGUAUAGAAAUUUAUCGAUCUUGAACAUGAUAUUUAGUUGUUGUUUACUGUAAAUUCAACUAUAUCAUUGCCGUCGGAAGUCUCCGAAUGCCGA